AAUAGUUUUAAGUUCUAAAAAAGCACCGUUUACGUACGUGUCUAGAGUGCCUGCAUCCCUUCCUCCCUCCUCCUCCUCGCCGUUCACCUUCAUUAGCCGCACUCGUCUGUCUCCAAGCCUAGACUUGAGGCACAAGGAAGGGGACACCCUGGAUGGGGACCCAGUCGAUCACAACCCAGAGUCAUACACACACAGACACACACACACACACACACACACACACACACACACACACACAAUUUAGAGAUGGCAGUCAGCCUACCAUGAAUGUCUUUGGACAAGAAGAUGAAACUAUAAUACCAGGAGGAAACCCCCAAAGCCCAGGGAGAUACCCCAACCCCAAAGAUGUUAUGCAAACAAGCAAACCGCUAAACCUAAAUAAGGACAAAGGAGGUCAUGAAGUGGUGUACACACUAGGCACUAUGCCACAUUCUCUCUACACCCCUUUGAGGCAAUUUAAUGGCAUCAGUCAAACUAUGGCUGGGGUUUUGCGAACACGGGAAACCCGGUGGAGUAACCCAAGCUCAGGAUUCAACUUUAAACUUGGGAUUCUAGAAAUGUUAACCCCAUUGUGUUGGAAAAAAAGCUAUGAAACAAUUGAGUAUACAGAGUAAACCAGAUCUGUCUGUUACUGCGGUUAAGAGGUUAAGUCGAAAUCCACACCCACACCACAUGUUCAUUCCUGCUUCAGGAGAAACGAAACUAGCCAGGCUGGCUGUUGCAAAAACUUCUUUUUCUACUAACAUGGAUGAAAAGACAGCAAAGUCUGCCGAUCUCAGCUACACCGCAGCCUCAGAUGUGGAGUGUGAUGUGUGCACGGAAAGGAAGCAGAAAGCAGAGCAGUUCUGUUUGGAUUGUAUGGCUUCAUUCUGUAAAAAUCAUCUAGAUCUGCAUAACAUUAUGCAUAUGGGGAAGAGACACAGGCUGGUGGAAGCUAAAAUAAGCCUUAAAGACAGCAUCUGUCCCAAGCACAACAAAUUAAUGAAGAUUUUCUGCCGCAAAGAUCAGCAGUGCAUAUGUCACCUUUGCAUUAAUAAUAAACACAAAAACCAUGAUGUCGUCUUAAUUGGGGAUGAGGUGCCUGAGAAGAAGAUGAAACUUGGUAAAAUGCAAAAACAGACAGUCAAAAGGAUUCAGACCCGGGAAAAAGAGGAGCAAGGUUUAAAACAAGCCAUUAAAUCAUUCAAGGCAUCAGCAGUGAUGGCGGUGGAGGACAGUGAAAGGAGCUUUACAGAGCUGAUUCGCUCUAUUGAGAUGAGGCAAUGUACAGUGAAGGAGCUGAUCUUGGCUCAGGAGGAGGCUGCUGUGAAGAAAGUUAAUACAUUUUUAGAAAGACUGGAGCAGGAGAUCAGUGAUCUGAAGAGCAGAGAUGCUGAACUACAGCACCUGGAGCAGCUCUCUCAAGCUGAGAAUGACAUAUAUUUUCUACAGUUAAAGCUUGCGAAGAUACAGAGGGAGAUUACUGACAGGAUUAAAAGCAGAGAGAUCGAAAUGCAAGCAUUAAAACAAGCAAUCGAGGAUUUCCAGACUUCAGCAAGGCAGGCAGUGGAGGAGAAUGAGAAGAGCUUUACAGAGCUGACCAACACCAUACAGUUGAGGCAGGGAACAGUGAAGAAGCUGAUCCUGGAUCAGGAAGAAGCUGCCGUGAAGAAUGCCAAGGAACUUUUGGAGCAACUACCAUCAGAGAUCACUGAUCUGAAGAAGAGAGAUUUUGAACUACAGCGCCUGGAUCAGCUCUCUGAAGCAGAUAAUGGUGUCUAUUUUCUACAGGGUAUUUUGUCCACUCCUGCACUUCCUUCAUCCCCGUCCUCCCCUGUCCUCUUUGUCCAUCCAUACUCCUCUUUUCAGCUCGCCACUGAAGCGAUUUUGGACCUUAUAAAGCAGAUGAACCAAGUUUGUAAUAUGCACUUCUCCAACAUCAGUAAAAAUGUCCAGACGGCAGACAUUCUGAAAUCGCCUGAGUUGAAAAUGCGGGAUGUUUUAUUGCAAAAUGCUUCUGAGCUCACUCUGAACCCUGACACUGCACACUUUUCUCUCCGCUUGUCCAAAGAGAACAGGGAGGUGACUGCUGUGAAUCAGGCACAGGAUUACAGUAGCCAUCCGGACAGAUUUGUCUGCAGAGCACAGAUCCUUUGUGACCAGCUUCUACAAGGGACCCCACAGUACUGGGAGGUGGAGUUCAGAGUCAGCAACUGGGUGUGCAUCGCUGUUUCCUACAAAGGAAUCUACAGGAAGCAAAAACGGGGUGGUCUCUUUGGCAGAAACAGCUGUUCUUGGGGCUUACGCUGUUAUUACACUUCCUUCGAAUUCUGGCAUGAUAAUAAGUGCAUAAAUGUUAAACACAACAAGCGUUGCACCAGAAUAGGAGUGUAUCUGGAUCACGGAAUAGGUGUUCUGGAGUUUUACAAUGUCUCUGAUGAUAUGAGUCUCAUCUAUAAGGCUCACACCAAUUUUACUGAGCCUGUGUAUGCUGGGUUUGGCCUAGGAGGGAAAGGCAGUCACAUCAUGCUCUGUGAUUUGGAAAAGGAGAAGGCCAUGAGUAAAUAAACAGACUAACAUGUUGGAACUGGAAUAAAGGUUGUGGAACAAUGAUGUAAUGAUUGGAUCUUUAAGAAUCUUAUAAAUGUACAAGGGUUGUUUGAUUUUUUUUUUCAGGGAGUAGUUACACAAACGAACACCAGAUGGCAGAACAGAAUUAAACUCUCUCUCUCUCUCUCUCUCUCUCUCUCUCUCUCUCUCUCUCUCUCUCUCUCUCUCCCCCUUUGAAGUACUGGAGCAAGAAAUAUGUUGCAAGAAUAUUUUACUGUGUUGUAUACAAGUUGUUGUAUAAUAUCACUUCAAUAAAACUCAUUUACAGGUUUUUGUAUGACAGAUGUGCCACUUAAACCAACCUUCCAUCCAUCCAUCAAUACUCUGUACCACUGCACAGGUUCACAGGGAGCCUGGAGCCUAUCCCAGGGGACUCACCGCACCCCUGGACAUGGUGGCAUCCCAUCACAGGGCACAAUCACACAUGUUCUGGGAGAGAAAAUACAAAAUCCAUGCACACAGGGUGUCGAAACGCUACCAUGACACACACACACACACACACACACACACACACACACACCCCUUUUUCUUUUUUUUUUUUUAAAGAAAAACUGUACUUUUUAGCUGCAACGGCAUAAAUGAAAACAGGUAAACAAUAAAUUGUCUGGACAUGUAUUCCACAUUAAAU